AAUGGACGCUGUUGCAGGGAGCGUUGUCUUGCCUGGUGACGUACUUGGCGUUGUUUCUGGAGAUGUUCAGCUCAGAUUGGGACCAGGUGUACGUGUAGAGCAUGCCAAGAUUUUAGCGAGUAAGUUUGGUGUCCUACGGUUCAGAAAGCCAAACAUUUAUUGGAUUGAUAUCAACCACAAAAAGUAUGCUCCUUUGGUGAAAGAGCGCGUAAUUGGAGUUGUGAUAGGCAAACCUGGUGACAACUUUCGAGUUGAUAUUGGUUGUAGCCAACCUGGUAUGUUGCCAUAUUUAGCAUUUGAAGGAGCCACGAAAAGAAACAGACCAAAUGUGCAGAUUGGUGACCUGCUGUAUUGUGAAAUUAAUGUUGCCAACAAGGACAUGGAGCCAGAGUUGGUGUGCAUUGAUCACAGUGGCAAGGCUCAUGGAAUGGGAGUUUUGUCUACUGAUGGCUUUAUGUUUCGUUGCUCACUUGGCCUUGCACAGAAACUACUAGCAGAUAAAUGCCCAAUAUUGAAGUUACUGAGCAGUCAUUUUUCGUUUGAGAUUGCAGUUGGGAUGAAUGGAUGUGUGUGGGUGAAAAGCAAGUCUGUUGCAAAUACAAUAAUCAUAUCAAACAUAGUAGAAAACUCUGAAUUUCUCAGUCUUGAUGAGCUAGAAAUGAUGGUCAAUCAGGUAGCAAAAGCAUGA